CGCACACUUCCUCAUCCGCCCUCCUCCUCCUCCUCCUCCUCCUCUUCCUCCAGCGGCAGCCAUAGCAAAAGGGGACGCGUCUUCCAACCUGGUGUUCAACCCUCCUGGAGGAUCAUUUUGUCACAUUGCAGCAUGUGUUGAACUUUGCUCUGAUACAUGUUGUUGCUAUAUGAUUGCGGAAGGCUGAAGCGAGCAGCACUUGCCUCCCUCCUUCCUCCCUCCUGUGAGCAGAGAGAGAGAGAGAGAGAGAGAAAGAGAGAGAAAGAGAGAGCCCUGCUGCUGGAAACGAAACUUUAAGAAAAAAGGCGCAGAGCGAUCGACCUCACUAUGUACAACUCUUUGACACCAAUUUAAGUACGAGGGAUGGACGGUGAGAGAAGCGAUGGAGGAGGAGGAGGAGGAGGAGGAGGAGGGGGAGGAGGAGGAGAACCGGAGGUGGUGGAUGAGUUUGCGUGUGCUGGGAUGCUGCGGGGAUCUCUGACCUCCCUGCACAACACCGUGGAACGCAUCUUCGGCGUGAUGUUUGGCAUCGGGGCGGAUGAUUUGUCUCACGGCAACAACGGGCAGAUAUGGCUGAAACUACAAGGGCAGAGAAACAGCGUGAAAGCUGCCAAAUUAUUUGUGAAAGGAGUUGUGAACCAGGAGGAGCAGAAGGAGGUUUCCUAUCCCGGGGUCCUUGACUGUGUCUUCUGUGGAGCCAGAGGCCUCUUCAUGGACUGCCUGAUAAGAAGCACCUCAGCGCACAUAGUGGUUGGCUCUACGGGAUUCCUGCUCAUAUCGGGUCUUGCAGAGCCGGUGGUGCGAGCCUACUCCCUUAUCACAGACCUGGUGGAGAGGUGUGAGGGCACACAGCCCAGACGCUCUGAGAAUGCGGACAGAGGCUUGGGCGAGUCUCUGGAUUCACGCCGGGCCUUCAAAACUCUGGUGGAGAAAUGGGAGGACAGACAUAUCCUGGAUCUGCUGGUACUACCAUGGUCAGUGAAGGAAAUCCUGCUGGAUUUGGUGAAAGAAUCAGGGCUUGGGUCAAGCCCCAGUCCAGAACUGACAGAUGGAAAUGCAGCGGUGAGACCGCGUGGGGAUUCAGAAGGUAGAUGGGACAGCACUACUGACCGGUGGGUUGAAGGGACGACUGCAGGAUCUGUGGAAGACUCUGCAGCCAACGACUCCUUCUUCCAGCCUUUGUCCACGUCCGCAGGUGCCAGAGGGAGAGCAGAGGGUGCUGAGGAAAGACUCAUGCACUCUCCACAGGAGGUGGGAGAAGAGGAGCAGCUGGAGCAAGCGGCAGCAUUAGGUAACAGAGUGACACAGAGACUGGGAGAGGACGAUGAACAGGAGCUGCAGUUUUUGCUUCUUUUGAAGUUUUUCACAGCCAUGGGGUACACAGAGGACGUUGUGAAACGAGUCCUUGCCCAAACGGGGCCUAAAGAGGCCUCGCAGAUACUGGACUUGGUUCAACAGGAGCAGGAUCGCAGUGACAGAGAGCAGACAAAUCAGCGUGGUCACGACCAGAAGAAUCAAGAUGGUAUUGCCUUGAAUCAAAGCGAGAGGAACCGACCGUGUGAGACGGAGCACAGGGAAGAUGAAGAAAUAGCAGCAGGAGGAGAUAAGGUGAUAAGUAAUAAUGGAGAGGUGGGAGAUGUUCGUGAGGAAGAGGAGGACGGAGCGACAGGAAGCACGAGACACUUAAAGGGAGAGGGUAGUGCUGAGGUAAAGGAGGAAGGGCAAGAGGAAGACUUUGUCUUGGGAGUGGUGAAGAAAGCUGCAGCCAGCUGCGGGUACAUGGAGCAGAACGUGACCAAAGUCUACAACAUGUUGCCCGAUCGAUCCACUCACCAGCUGCUCUUGGAGCUGCAGAGAGAGGGGAGCAAAGAGACGGACGGCUUCAGGGAGGGACCGAGAGAGAUGGACGAUGUGGUGCUGGAGAAAGGAGGACCAAAAGCCGGACCAGCAGAUGGCGAAGCAAGAGGAGAAAUUGAGCUUUUCAUACCUGCAGAAAAGAGGGAAUCCGAUGAUAAAGGAUGGGUAGUAGUGCAAAACCCAAAUAUACCUGUCCAAGAGCCAGAUUUGUUUACUUGGAUUAAUACACAGCCAAAGCGACACCAGCCUUCCAAGUCACAAACUCCACACAUUCCUGAAGUCAAAGGCCCACCCAUGUCUACUUAUUCCUCAUCCUUAGAUCCCCCACACACCAAUUUCCAGUCCAACAAACAAUAUGGCAGCAACUGGCCUAAUCCCACCACUUCAAAACAAAAUCAUCCAACCAAAGACAACAUCUUAAACCCAAAGUCCCAGUCUUCUAACUCCUUAAAACGAGCACUCCAAGCCCCACAACCCCCCAUCUUCACAGGGAAAGACUCGUCUCCCACCAGGGGGAGGGAAAAACGUGACUUCAUGGCAGCCUCUUCCGUGGUGGUGACAGGGGAGCAGCGUUUUCUGGAAGGCCUGCAGAUGCCGUUUGACCUUCAGCUAACAGGCAAGCCCGGAGACCCGAAGCUGAGGACGAUCAUCAUUGACGGGAGCAAUGUGGCCAUGAGUCACGGGUUGGGUCAUUUCUUCUCCUGUCGCGGGAUCGCUCUGGCCGUCCAGCACUUUUGGGACCGAGGCCAUCGUAACAUCAGCGCCCUCCUGCCACAGUGGAGACAGAAGAGCGACCCCAAGAUCAAAGAGCAGCACUAUCUAGGUGAGCUGCAGAAGCUGGGCCUGGUCUCCUACACCCCUUCCAGAGAGGUCCAGGGCAAGAGGAUCAGCUCGUACGAUGACAGAUUCAUGCUGCAGCUCGCACAGAGGACGGAUGGAGUCAUCGUAACCAACGACAACCUGAGAGACCUUUCAGAUGAGUCCCUUGUAUGGAGGGACAUCAUCAAAAAGAGACUUCUUCAGUACACGUUUGUUGGAGAUCACUUCAUGGUGCCGGACGACCCUCUGGGCAGGGGAGGGCCUCACCUGGAUGACUUCCUACGCUCAGAGCACAGGACUCCUGACCCAGGAAACCACUCUUUUGCCUGCGUAGCCACCACUUUCCCUUCCUCCAAACCUCCACGCUCCCAAACGGAGGUACUGAACUUCCGCGACCGAACACUGGGUGGAGCCCUGGAUGCGGGGCGCGGAGGGAGCCGGGGUAAAGGGAGAGGACAUGGGAAAGGAUGGGACGGGGGACACCAGCACAGGCCGUUUGGAGCUUCGGGGGCAGAGAGGAGCCCAGAGGAAACGGCCAGACUUAGAGAGCAGCUCUGUCAAGUUUUUGCGGGUCAGGACAACAUGGUGGCGCUGGUGCUGCAGUGCCACCCAUCAGAGACGGACAUCAAUGUGCUGUCUGAUAUGAUCCUGGAGCAACAGAAGGAUUAGACACACGUUAGUCUUUUGUCAGGUUGAAUUUGCCUCGGUUUAAGCGAUAUAGUUGCGUUUGCCACCAAAGCAACAACAACAAAUCACACAGGCUAAUCACUGACCUGCAUUAAGAACUAUUAUACAAGAACACCAACUUACUUUUGACAGUCAAACAAGCAUAUAUUUUAACAAUGGUAUUGUGCAUUUGAAUGCAGGUUCUUUGUCCCAUGUAUCGCUGUUUCUGUCCACCGUCAGCUGUCUAAUCAUUGUAAAAUAGUCAUUUUAUGGAGUUAUCUUUACCCAUAGAUGUGACCUGUCCCCGAUCCACCACAGCGAAAAAAAACUUACAAACUUUUGUCUUCCCUAUCCAAAGCAACCUUGACUCCUGCUCAUCCUCCAGUGGCCUUGAUUCAUCCUCUCCCAUCUACCUCACCUGCCUUCACCUCCCUCUCUCUUCUCCCUUAAAAUAUUAAAUUAAAUUUAGCUAGAAAGGACAGGUGGGAAGAGAUUCAAACAGCUGCUAGACACGGUCACUUGGACCCAUAAGGAAAUUAAACACCACAGAAUUAAACCCGCUGCAGACCACACUGAUGAACACUUGAUCCAUUUUAACAUCAUCAGUUGAUAAUCUAUCUUUGUUGUCACACAUUAGGGGUGCUUACCUUGGGAGGAAAUUCCCCUUAAAUCCUCAAAUAAUAGAAAAUGGGCUUUUGUUCUACAUGAUGGACUUAACCCACUAGGUUGAAGCUACGCUAGCCAUGCUAAUAUCGGCCCCCCACUUUGGUCCAGACUGAAAUAUCUCAUAACAACUAUUAUAUUAUAUGGAUUAUAUGGAUUGCCAUGAAAUGUUGUGAAGACAUUUAUGGUCCCUAGAGGAUGAAUCCCAAUGUCUUUGAUGUUGAAAUUUAAUUCCAUUUAUGACCAAAUACCUGCAAAACUAAUGACAUUCCCAUCAGCCUCAGCUGUACCUUGUGUUAAGUAACAUAAGAAUAUGGUAAAUGUUACCUGCGAGCAUUUGUUUGUUUGUAUGCUGAUGUGAGCAGCUCAAGUACAGCUUCACACACACACACACACACACACACGUCUUUCAUUGUGCAGCCAUGUUAGUGGGAUAAUUCAUUCUCUCUCUGGUCUUAAAAAAUAAAUACAUGUGACCUUUUUAGAACAAUAUAUAAAAACUAUAUAUUGUUCUGUUGUUAUUCUGAAUGCAUUGUAAUCUUCAGAUUUUAUACUUGCCCUUUAGAGCAAAAGAACUACUGCAGACAACAAGGUGUGGGAGGCACAUGAUACCGUGAAGAGGUGUGGAUAGUUGUUGUAUGUGGUGAGUUGGGUGAGAUUUGUACAUUAGCACCACCCGCUGUUGGGUUAGAUGUAAUGUUUCCAAGCUAGAAUAAUACUAAACCGUUCUUUACCAUAUUCUGUACACUCAGCGUUGUGUUUUUAACUUAUUUUAAACAGGUCUGGUGUUGUCAUGACUGUAGAGUGUCCCUGCUUUAUGAGGGGAGAAAGAAGAUGAUAGCAAGUGUUUUUUUUCUAUCUCUGACUGAAGAGCAGAUCCUCAGUCCGGCCUCUAUCGAGUCAUCUUAUUUGUAUUGUUUAUAUAUGUACAUUUUAAGACUUUUGAUGCUGCAUUCUGCCCAUGUUUGUGUAUUAAAAUAUUUCUUAAUUAAAAGGAUGAAACAAUAUAAAUUAA